AUGGAUCAACAGACUGCACCAGCAAAAAGCCCCAGUCAACCGGUAGUGAAGGGGAGGAAGCGGAAUGCUGCCGAUAUAGAGUCCAUUCCUGAGACAGUGGGGGCUGGACGAACCAAGAGGGGCAAGUAUACCUCUGUUGCCUGCGACGACUGUAAAAGAAAAAAACUCAAAUGCAUACCUAUAGCAGAUAACAGCAAUUGUGAGCGAUGUAUCUCAGGUGGUUUGGUGUGCACUCUUGGUACAACUCCUGCCCAACCACCCAAGGAAAAGUCAGACAAAUACAUCCGGAGUCUUAACUUUGAGCUCUCACAACUUCGUCAGCAAGUCUCAGACUUGGUAGUUGUAGUACAUGAACUCAAGGAUCAGAACAAUCGACCUCACAAUCCCUCAACAAUCUCACCAAACACGCGCGACAACAUCGUCACUCAUUCGCCAGCAAGUGCGCGUAGCCAAGUUCCACGACAACCCCAAUUUGUUGGUCCAACGCAAUCAGCGUUUGGAAUCCUCGUCGGCGAACGUUCACUGAAUCGCAUAGGAGUGCCAAAGUUUGACUCAAUGCCCCCAAGUGGUGUACAAUCUCCUGUUGGACUUGAGACUGGUAACCCAAUCAGUGAUUUAGAUUUCUGGAAUUCAUGUACAGCGAACGAUGUAACAAGGUUUUUGGUCACGUUUCAGGAAGAGGUCGAAAGUGUGUAUCCAUUUAUCGAUAUCGGGGAGUAUGUCGCGCAGAGUAAAGAGAUUCUGCAAAUUCUUCAGGGAAAAGGCUCUCUGGAAGAUGAAGAAACAUUGUGUAGUAAGGACAUUACACUUGCAAAAGUUGCAAUGGCUACAGGAAUUGUGUUGGAUGAACCGAGCAAGAUUGAGCUGACUACCGCCAUCGUUGACUCUGUGGAGACGAAUAUCUCCAGCAUACUCAGCCCGCAAGUUGACCUCAAGGAGAUUCAGUUGCUCGCAAUGCUGAGUAUAUACUACUUUCACUCAGGUGAAGAACUUCUCGCCUGGCGCACAAUCGGCAUCGCCGCACGUGAAGCCCUGGAAAUGGGCCUUCAUCGCAAACGUAGCUUGCUAGAUAAUUUCAAGGACUCUGACUCUCGCAGGUUGGCCACAAGGGUUUUCUGGUGUGUGUACGUUUUGGACCGAAGAUGGAGUUUUGGGACAAGUUUGUCAUUUGCUUUGGUGGACAAGGAUGUUGAUCCAGAGUUACCAAAACCAGAUGAAGAAUAUCUCUAUCUGCAGUGCAUGGUUGGUUAUGGCCAACUGUGCUCGAAAAUCUGGGAAGCCAUUCCACCAUUUGGGUCUGCGUCACAGAGUAUACCGGAUGAUACAGCUACAGCGUUAGACAUGCAAACACAAGACUGGUUAGAAUCCAUUCCCUCCCAUCUGAGACUUCGGCAUCCACGUUUAGGUCUCGCUCCUCGCGCACAGCCCAGACUUCCCCAUCGGCUCAGGGCACUUCUUUACCUCCGUGGGAACUACGCUCGAAUCUUGAUCUAUCGACAUCAUCUAAUGAGCACAGCCAGUAUCGCGGCUAGCCCCCAAACUGCAUGGCUAGUAGUCGACAUUGCACAGGAUACUAUCCAAGUUCUGGUUCAUUUGCAUUCGACAACAGAUAUUUAUUCACGGCAGCAGAGUGCGUUCAACUAUUUUCUGCUUAGCGCUUUGGCUGUCUUGUUCCUGGCUGUUUGUCACGCACCGGAGACGUUCUCUGCGCCGAGUAGACGAACCUUUUCUGAUGGUGUCGACCUUGUGAAAGGACUUUCAAGACACAGUAUCGUCAGUAAGCGGUUGUGGAAGAGUAUCAGGGGAAUGGUACCAAGGAUUAAAAGCUUUGGUUUCCCUACAACUCAGGUUGAGAGUCAGGGACAAAGCGAAGGAGAUGGAGUAGAGACGGGCGACUCUAAUGGUCAAGUUCCUCUAGCACAUCUGAGUACAGUUGCUGAAGAGCAGAUGUCCAUACCAGCGGUGGAUAAUGGAGCUUUUUCUUUUGGCGAUAUAGUGGUUCCCGAGGGAGACUUGCUGAGUUCUGUACCCGACAUGUUCCAGAUGAGGAAUGAUCUGCUGGAUCUUUUCGAUGCAAUUGGGCAAGGUCAACAAUUCCUACAGCCUGUUCCUGGCACAUUCACAGAUGAUGAGGAGUUCGCCACGGCUGCAGAGGAGGGACAAGAUAUAUCAAUGCGCUUCCAAGGGCUAAUUUAA